CCUGCGUCCUCUUUCUCCGUCUGAAGGUACUGCCCUAGUGUGGGAUACAGACAGACACAUACACAUACACAAAGCGACGAGGCUGGGGCCAUCUGCUUCUGGCAGGGGAGGGGUUCCAGGCGGCGGCACGUUACCAUGACAACAUUAGGGGAUUUCGUGGCGUUCUUUGGAGUUCCUCUCGCUUCUUGGUUCGGCUGAGAAGCAGCUGCUAGCUCAAGACUCGGAAAGCAAAGAAAAAAGGAUAUACAUAUAAAUAAAUAUUUAAAAUAGGUGUACGCAGUUUCAUAGACUGCAGCGCUACGUGUCGGAAGAUCAUUGCUGGACUGGAACUGAAAUGACUAUCUUGUGCUGAUUAUUGAUCAACUAAGUUCGAUUGAACUGAUCAGAAUAUAAUCCUUGAUGUGAGGCUUAAAUGGGUCCAAUUAUUGGCAUGUCUCCAACAAAAAAAAACGAGACCCCAGGAAUAGGGGAGACUUGCAGUUUGAAUUCAAGUUGCCCCAUUGAUGUUUUGCCAGACAUGGCUGGUGCCACAAGUAUGAAAGCCAUUUCUGCUGACAAGGGAAUAAUGGAUGAUGAAGAGCUUACAAACCUGAACUGGCUUCAUGAAAAUAAAAAUCUCCUGAAGAACUUUAGCCUAGGUAGUGAGGUCCUUCGCAGUGUUAGCCCUACACGUGACAUCGCUGAAGAAGAUGCUUCAUCUUCACCUCUUUCAGAUUCUCUGAACAAUGAGAAGCGUGGAUUAAACUCCAAGCCUCCGUAUUCUUUCAGCUGCCUUAUUUUUAUGGCAAUUGAACACUCAGCCAGAAAAUGCCUUCCAGUUAAGGAUAUCUACAAUUGGAUAUUGGAACGUUUUCCAUAUUUUACCAAUGCACCUACUGGUUGGAAGAACUCCGUUAGGCAUAAUCUCUCCUUGAACAAAUGUUUCCGGAAAGUGGAGAAAGACCAUGGCAAGACUGUUGGGAAAGGUUCACUGUGGUGUGUAGACCCACAGUACAGGCCAAAUCUCAUUCAGGCCCUAAUGAAGACGCCAUAUUAUUCAACAACACAAGUCUUCUACACACCUCCAGCCUCGCCUCCAAGUGCAUCUCCACCUCCUCAUCACCUCACAACAAUGUCACCUCAGCUCCAAAGCUGCCAUCAGAAAGGUUCGGAUAUUGAUGCUGCCACUGCUAUGAUGUUGCUCAAUUCAUCUACAGAACAAAGACUUCCUCAAUGUGGGCCAUCUCAGCAAAACAGUCCAACAAUUAGCCGAAAACGAAGUCACAAACGUGCAUUUUCGAAGCUUGCUCCCACUUUGGUGAAAAUAACUGAAGCGACAUGCAGAACAAAGGAGAAUGUGGAAACGUCUCCAUCGCAGAAAGACAGCAAGAGUUUGUCUGGUUUACCAGUGAUCAAUAAUGAUCCUAAAGAAGAACACAAUUAUAGUGCAAAUGGUACCGUGUCUCACCGUAGCGAGUCUAGGUCUAGUGUUUCAUCCUUCUCCUCUGUGGAGGAAUCUUAUGAAUUCAUUUCAAAAGCUAGUCGUGGCGGGAGUGACGGAAGUGAAGGCUUCCACAGUGAUGAGGAGUCUGAGGUAGAUGACUGUGAGAAUGAGUCAAAUAACUUGUUGGGUGCCAGUGUCUACAAAUCUGAGCGAUGUGGAAAAGACUCCACUAGCGUGCUACGUUUGGCUGGAAAAAGCUGCAGAACAGUGCAGCAAGAAGUUGAUGAAGAGCUAAAGGAAGCUGCUGGUUCACUUUUGCACCUUGCUGGAAUCCAUAUGUGCCUGGACUCUUUAGUCAGUAAACCAGGAAAAAGCAGAAAUGAAAAACAUAAUGUGAAAUAGCAUGCUUCCUCUCACAUCUGCCAUUGUGUGUCAUUUGGCAAUAUACUUCAAUGGAGCUCCUUCUCAAAAGGAAGAAAAAAGCCAUAUGAAGACUGAAGUGUUUGCCCUUGAAUAUUAACUGCCAUUUGUUUGCACCUUUCAGAGACAAGAACUUCUCCAUCGGUUAUACCAUUCUUGAAAAGUGAACUUUACAGCAACCAACACAUGCAUUGGAUCAGCCUGUAUGCUGAAGUGGUUCUUCAGGCUGUUUUUAUUGGGUAAAAUUUCAAGCAGUUGAAAAGUGGGGGAAAAUAAAGCUUUCUUUGAAAAUAACUGAAGUGUUCCGGGUUGACAAGGGGUGAUGGGGAUUGGCAAUAUUUUAGACAUCUUGAAGAUCAUACAAUGUAUUUUUCAUCCUAAUAUGUUAGUGAUAUUUAAGAAGUUGACUCUCUCUCAUUUUUCCCUCUUGAAUAUGGUUUCCUUCAUUUUCAGAGAACCUUGAAUAUCACUAAUGGUAUGUCAAUGUUCCUAGAUUAAUUAACAUUCUCAGGUGUUCGGGCACAAUUCCACGAACAAAAGGAGCCCUCUAAGCACCAUCUCUCAUGCACAGGCUGGCUCAAAUAAUUUUUCGACUAUGUGGAAUAUUGCAGGAAGGCAACUUAGUCCUUCAUGAUGUCCAAAUGCACGUAUUUUCCUAUAUGGGUCAUUAACAGGUGUUUCAGUAUACUGGAAAGUUUGUGUAUUUUUCCCUCCUUGCAACAAAGGUAAUUAUAAUGCCUUGUAACUGCUCCCCAGGCUAAAUUGGUGGAGGCUGCGAGAAGGUUGCACUUUACAUUGGAAAAAAGAAUUUAAAACAAGAGAAAAUGAAGUUGACUUUGCUAUGCAGUUUUUAUGAAAUUUUUUUUUGAAAGUUCAUCAAUGUUUGUGCUUCCAUGAUAUUUGGAGAACUCUGAAAUUAUUGAUGGGAGAAAAUUAACAGUGUAACUUUAAUUGUUCAAACAGUAGCCACAGUUGAUGAUAUUAAACUGGAAAUAUUGUUUACCUUAAAUCACCUUCCUGGGAGUCAUGUGAUAGGACAGGCCUGCAGUGAUUAUCAUAACCGUACUUUAGUGGUAACAUCAAAGAGGAUUGGAUUACCAUGAUGUGAGUGAACAAUACCUCUAAAUUUCACUGAGCAUACAAUUUAGAUUUAAAAUCAGAAUGCAACAGAAAGUCACCGUGCUGUUUUUAAUUGAAGAAAAUAAUGUGUUGAGGUAUAUUGCUGUUGCAUGCUGGACUCAAGCUGAUAUUUAUGCUCAUGACUUAUAACCUCCUUUGAAUCCACUGGUGAGGACAUGGACUGUGUAGCAUAUUUAAAUGUGUUUGCUUCUUUUGUUAGCUAUGUUCUUAUAUGAAUGUUUUGUUUCCAUCUCCAGCUGUUGAAGUUGAUGGAAAGAUUGCCAGCUGCCAGGCUUUACUAAUGCCCGAAAUAGUGUGAAAUCAAUAGAAUUCCCACCAGAACUUUUUCUCCCACACCACAAUGGAAAAUCCCCAGUUAGAAAAAUGAAAAAGAAUCAACGUUGUGGUAGUUUAUUAACAUUGUGCCCUGCAUUUUUGGGCAGUUCUUAAAUUUUAAUCCUUGAUUCUGCAAUUUAGCUAUCAUGAGUCAAAAACCACCACACUAUUGUGAUAUGGUAUCAUAGUCGAGUUGAAGUGCAUUCAUGAACACAAUAUUCAAUAGGUCCUGCAUACUGGCAAUGGUUUCAGAAUCAUGUAUUAUUUUUAUGCAGUGGGAUGGGCUUGGAUGUAUUCAUUUUCUUCACUUGGCUAAUUACUGCUGAAAUACUGCUCGUCUACUGUACUGGAAGUUCACCAGAGCCACAUGCAGAAGAUUUUGAUGGAAUAGUAAAACUUUAACAGUAAUGUAUUUGUUUCCACUUACUGAAGCAGGAUCUCCAUGUAAAACAUCCAAAUAUAAAUCAUGUGAUUAUACUUUUCCAGUAAGGGGAAAAGCCUUACCCACCCCUGAAUGAGAAUCUGCUGGAUGUGCAUAGUUGGUUAUUUAAGUUGGAACCUUCUGCUUUAUAAGAAUAUUCUUGUUAAGUACUACUUUAACUGGUCAUUGCAGUUUGGUGCAUGAGGUGUUCGCUGGAACGAGGCAAGAACUUUGUAAUUUACACUAAUUCAAAUCCCUGAUUAACUUGACCUUGAAAAGGCAAGUCACUGCACUUUUUCAUCAUGCAUGAUUCAGAUCUGCAGUGGUCAGAUGGCACUCAAAUUAAGCAAAGUGUGCUUCUUUGAUGCCCCACAAUGAAAACUGCAUACUUUUCUAUUUGAGACUCCACAUGACUCCCUGCUUGCCAACUAGCCAAAUAUCUCUACUCCUGGAUGCCUAAGUGCCACCUACCAGCUGGGUACUGCUUUUUACCCAUUUCAAAUGGGUAGCUCUUUGGGGAAGUAUUCCAUAGGCCAGAAAUUCAGGCCUAUGAAUAUAGUUAGCAGUCACUGUUCUGCUCUACUUGAAAUUCUCUGGGUAUUAAAAUCAAAGUCCAAAAUAUGCAGGACUCCCAGAUGUAUGGGUCUACUUCGUAAAAAUCUGACAAGUCCAAAAUUCAGAGUGCGUCGUGUCAAUGCUUUUCAUGGACACAACUAUAUUAACUUAAGUAAACCAUGUAAUUUUGGAUACCUGCUUACUAAUUUUGAGAAGCAUAUACUUAACAUCUGCUAAUUGGUGCCACAUUAAUAAAGAUUCUUCUGCCCUUCAUAAGAUUCAUUUUUUUGCUCCAGUGAUUUUCUUUUUGAUUUCAGAGAUUUCUGGAAGCCUAAUAGGCACUAAUAGUUUCAGGUGGCAAAAUACAGGUAUAAUGCACAAUUUAUUUUCAUAUAAAUAAGCACAGGGCAGCUGGCACACAUCGAUCUGCUUCUCACUGGUCAUGUAGCAGUAUACAAGUUAUAAUAGGACUGUACAGGGAUGAUGGGCUAUUUGCCAUUACUAGGUAAUGCCUUUUCUGAAUAAAUUUGUUUCUCUUUCAAAACAAAGUAUAUUUUUAAAAUUGUGUUCUGCUUUGAGCUCAUCAUGGUAUGCUUUUUGCUGAAGUUUGUGGUUUCUUAAUAGUUUCAUGCUGACAUGCUCCCAGGGAAGGAUAUGAGAUCUAUUAAGGUAAAUAAAAUUUCUUAAGACCAUUAUAGGUACACUGUACCAAGAAAGAGAAUCUGAUGAAGGGUCCAGGCCCGAAACGUCAGCUUUUGUGCUCCUGAGAUGCUGCUUGGCCUGCUGUGUUCAUCCAGCCUCACAUUUUAUUAUCUUGGAAUUCUCCAGCAUCUGCAGUUCCCAUUAUCUCAGAAAGGAUGGAGCAUUUUCUUUUGUAUUUAUAUAUGAAAUGUUGCAUCAUUUGCCCAAACUGCUUUGGUAAGAGUCAUUUCCUGUCAAUAAUCUGUUUGCCAGAUCUUGAUCUUGAAUUGCUCAGCAGUGUUUCCAUGUAAAAAGAAAAUCUAGUGAGGUAUGCCUACUGCAAUGUUUAAUACAAGCAAAUAACCCGCUAACAUUGGUUGUGUAGACCAACACAUCUUUAUCCAGUAGCCAGGAUGAUUGCCAGUAUGGCUUUCAUUUACUUAAUUUCCUGAGUUAGUCUUUUUUCAACUCUCACUCAUACUUGAAUGAAGAGAGAAGUUAGAUGGCAAGUUGCCAUAGACAGACUUUUCAUUUUCACGAAUUGUACUUUCUAUGGUCUGUAUGCUCAGCAUCAUCUUCUAAAGCGAACAAUUUUUCUUUAAUUAUAAAGGGACAGGUCAGCAAUCUGCCUAAACUGUAAAAAAUGCAAAUAUGACACUGUUCUCCUGUAUACUGAGAUGCAGUAGCACAAAUCCCUAACCAUUGUCAUUGUCCUUCUUUCAACUGCCACCAGCAAUUGAUUGUUAAUGCCAAUAAUCAAUAAGUCAGUUGAGUGUUGAUGUUCAGAAACUUAUCGUCAAGUGAGAAUGUCCAUGUUAAUUGACAAAUCCAUAUUAAUAUAUUUUAUCUUGGUUUGGUAUAGAAUACACACACAAUAUCACUUGGCAGAUUGCCGAGUCUUGUGCUGGAAUUUAUUCCAUUGGUUAGUACAAUCCUGCUUUCAGCACACAAUAUCAAACUCACUAUUGCUUGGCUGGCUAGAUGCCUUACCUGAUACAAAGCGUAUAUAUACAAAUAAUUGUUGCUGCACACUGAAUAGUGGCCAGGUGAAUAAAUUGUCUGAAACAUAAUUAUCUGAACUAAAUUUUUAACAGCUCUCUUGCAUUUGUAAUAAUUGAAUAAAGAUAAUAAAUAAUGUUCAAAUAAAAUGUUUGAACCUUCUCAAAUUUUAAAAUAGCUGUGCAGUGAAUAAAAUAACAGCGUUUAAAGUAAUGCUUACCUUUUGUUACCGGUUAGUCAAUUUGGAAUUUCCAAGCAAAUUAUUUCUCAAUUAUAAUGAUGUAUUACUUUCUUUGAAUAUCAUUGUUUUCGCAUUAAAAACAUAUAAUGUGUGGUUGUUGAGAGCAGGACAGAUACUAAGUUCUUUCUCUGAAUUGGCUUUUUCAUAUGUGUCCACUAUCUCACUUAGGCAGAACAUGUGUGAACAAAAAUAAAACAGAAAUGGCAGUAUUUCGUGGGCUGCAUUUUCCGUUCCACCAAGCAGCGAUUUCAGCAGAUGAGCCAGCAGGGCAAGCCAAAAAAAAAAACAGGAAACAUGGCUUUGACAAUUUUCUUUUUCCUACCACCCUCUAAAGCCAUUGAUUGCCUCCUAGAUUAGAAUUACAAAACCCUUGCUUAAUAAUUUUGAUCCUGCUUGCACCAGAUCUGCACAUUACAACAGGUGAAGGUGAACCAUAACUCAUUUUUCUCUUACACAGAACACAAGCACUGACACUGAUUCCAGCUGAUAUCAGUUAAUUCACUGCAACUUAAUUACAUGCUAUUUUCAUAAACCACUGAGGCAGCAAUGAAAUAAUUUAUAUUACCAUUACUUAGCAGGCAUUCCCUUGAGAGGAGCUUGUUUUAGUGGCAUCUAAUUUCAAUGUAGUGUGUAAUGCAGAAUGCAGUUCUAUUGGUGUUUAGAACAGUGGUUGAUCCACUUCAAGUGUUUGAAAUAUUCAAAUUUGAUUUUUCUAUACUGUAAAUCCAGGUUUGUACUGCAUCUUGAUCAUCAGAUCAAUAUCUAUCUGGUGUGAAACCUAUGCUGAGAAUUCACAGAUAAUGCUUGAGAAGAUAGAACUGGCCAACUUCUUUCUAAACCAGUGUUGGGGGUGGGCAUACCCUCUGCUAUUAUUGAAGUAAAUGAAUCGUUUUGAGAUGUGUGCAAAUCAACUACAAGGUAAAAAUGGGACUGUUGUAAUAUAAAAUGGAAGAGUGUCAGUGUUUCUUACACUGACUUCAGAAGUCUAACGUUCAAUUGACAGUGGAUAGAGGUGAUCAUAUUGGAGUAUCUAAAUUAAAUUUGGGCCUAUUUUCCCUUUCUCAACUUAAGUUGGCAGUUCAUAUUAUUGGAACCAUCAGUCUUCCUCUAUUUACAUUGCAGAAAGAAUGAUUCUUUGUGUGAGCCCACACAACAAGUGUUGUUGCUCUGGAAGGAGAUGAUAUCACACUUGAGAAUUCACUGGCCAAAAGCAACCAUAUUUACUUAGUUACAGGCUCCAUGGAAAGGAGACUGGCCACUAGCUGCAAUCACAGCUAGCAGAAAGCAAAAUGUUUGUGAUGGUUGGAGAUUAAAAACCUCACGAAGAAUUCCUCAGGACAGUUCUCAAAGCCCUUUCAUCUACAGCCACGGACAGAAGUGGGAAUAUUUGUGAGAUUGAAGUGGUCAAUUUAAUUUGUAAUUUGUCUUAAGCGGAGAUGGUGGAAUAGUGGUAAUAUCUAUGAACAUGUAUUGCAGAACCCCAGGCUCAUGUUCUGAGGAUAUGGGUUUGAAUACUAUAUGGUAAAUAGUGAAAUGUGAAUUCAAUAAAAAUCUGAAAUUUUUAAAAAAGCUAGUCUAAUUGUCACCAUGUAACCAUUGCCAAUUGUUGUAAAAGGUCAGAAACCCACUAAUGUUACUCAUGUCCUUGAAUAAAGGAAAUCUAUCAUCCUUACCUGGUUGGGCCUACAUGUAAACCCCAGACUAACAUCCUUUCCAAGCUGUGUGGUCAUGCAGUCACUGGGAGGUUUUGCACCCACUGCAUGCUGUGUUGACACACUAACUUCAGCUUUCCAAAUCCAUUGCCAUGCACAGAACUCAGAGAUCCGUGCAGCAGUUAAUCAUUAGCGGGAAUAUUGCUCCAAACCCAUAGUUAUGUGAAACUGUGUGACUGUCCUCAGGGCAAAUAAAUGUUGGCCUAGCCAGUGACAGCUACAUUCCAUGAACAAAUAAAAAUAAUGAAACUGCCUGUAUCUGCAUGGAUCAAAAUCUGGACAACAUACAGGCCUGGGCUAAGUGCCUACUGACAUUUGUGCCAUGUAAGUGCCAGACGAUAAACAUUUCCAACAAGUAUCUAACUACCGCCUUGACGUUGUGAAAGCCCCCACUGUCAAUAGCUAAGACUUUCCAUCAUUGACCAGAGCUGGUGGAGGCACGUAACUACUGCUAAUACAAAAGCAAGAUAGAAACUAAAUAUUCUGCAGCAAGUAUGUCACCUCCCAAAGCCACCUACAAGGCAUAAGCCAGGAAUGUGAAGAAAUACUCUCCACUUGUAGGGGUGAGUUCAUAUCCAACACCAUUCAAGAAAGUUGAUACAUUCCAGGACAAAUUUGCCCAUUAAAGCCCAACCACUAUCUUAAACACUCAUUUUCUAGCCAAUAUAUUGGAACUCCUUGGGGGUACUUUGACUGCAUGAGGACUUCAGCAAAUAAAAACCUCAGUUUUCUACCACUUCCCUGACAGCAUUUAGGAAUAGGCAAUAAAUGUUGGCCUUGAAAGCAACAUGCACUUGACGUGGAUAAAUGCAUUUCAAAAUCAGCUCUCGUGACAAUGACUAUUCACUCCUGCUUCUGUUAUCAUUUCCACCCCACUGCCACCAGCCAGGUAUUGUGACAAGUUUGAGGCUUUUGUUCUUGCCUUUCAAGUAAUCCACAGGAUUUUUAAUUAUUUUACCUAAGACAAUGUCUAAAUUAUGAACUGUCUGCUUUUAAAAACAGAAGCACUAUCUGGGGGGGUGAAAAUCCACAGAUUUACAUUGAUUGUGAAAUUUUGGUAUCUAGUUUCCAACUGUGGUUAACACUUCUCUCAAACACUGUCCAUUUUAGAGUGGAAUAAGAACCAUGAAACCUCUUCUAAUAAUAUUAUCUAUUAAGAAGUAAUAUUAGACAAAAUUAGUACAAUUUGUAUUGGUGAUUUCAGUGAGCAAAGUCUGAGGAGUAGAGGUUGUGUUGUUUAUCCCAAGGUGGUUCAUAACGUUGUACGUAUUUUCACUUCUUAAACUGGUAGUGACGUUCUGCCUGAGCUGACAUCAUGUCAUUUACAUUUUGUUCCACUGCUGUACUGCAUGUAUGCCUGACUGGUGCUCAGGUAGUUACAUAUUACGGAAUUAAACUGAUACAGAAGAUGAAAUAGAAUUGUACAGAUGCAAAAUGCAAUUAUUCCUAUAUUACUUCUUCACAUAAUUUCUAACCAAAAAAGUUACACGCUAAAUAGUUCAAAUGCCAAUAGAACUAGUUUUUUAAAAAUAUGUCACUAAAUUACUGGAUGUAUGAUGAAGGGGAGAGAGAAGCAGAUUGGAAGUGCUCAGUGAUUGGUGUUUCAAAAUACAUUCUGAACACCAGUUGCGGAUCAUACCAAAACCACCUUCCAAUCUGAUCCUUAAAGCCUACAACUGGUUAUAAAACUGUUUAAUUAUGCCAACAAAAUCAUGUAUGUUAC